CACAUCAUCCUUGAAUUCAACCACUUCUCCAACUACCACCACUGAGGACUCUACUUACUCAAGCUCUUCCAUAGGCUCACAAACUUCUUCAAAUUACACUAGCUCUUCUUCAGGCUACUCCUCCUCCAGCUCCUCUUUGGAGCCCACAACUUCUACUUUCUCAAGCUCCUCAAUGGAUUCAACCACGUCUUCCUUCCACUCCACUUCUCCAACUGAUUCUUCUGUGGAUUCGACUACAACUAGCUCCAACACCAGUGAGGAAGCAACCAUGUCUUCAAUCUACUCCAACUCAAGCUCUUCCAUAGACACCAGCUCCUCUAGAGGAUCAAGUACCUCUUCAACUACGGACACAACCACUUCUUCAACCUCAAGCUCUUCCAUAGGCUCACAAACCUCUUCAACUUACACUAGCUCUUCUUCAGGCUACUCCUCAUCCAGUCCCUCUUCUGAACCCACUUUUUCUACUUAUACAAGCUCCUCAUCGGAUUCAACCACGUCUUCCUUCCAAUCCACCACUUCUCCAACUGAUUCUUCUGUGGAUUCGACUACAACUAGCUCCAGCACCAGUGAGGAAGCAACCAUGUCUUCAAUCUACUCCAACUCCAGCUCUUCCAUAGACACCAGCUCCUCUAGAGGAUCAAGUACCUCUUCAACUACGGACACAACCACUUCUUCAACCUUUUCCACAUCAUCCUUGAAUUCAACCACUUCUCCAACUACCACCACUGAGGACUCUACUUACUCAAGCUCUUCCAUAGGCUCACAAACCUCUUCAACUUACACUAGCUCUUCUUCAGGCUACUCCUCAUCCAGUCCCUCUUCUGAACCCACUUUUUCUACUUAUACAAGCUCCUCAUCGGAUUCAACCACGUCCUACUCCGAAGCCACCACUUCAACUGAUUCCUCUGUGGAUUCAACUGCUUCAUCUAGCUCCAGCACUAGUGAGGAAACAACCAUGUCUUCAAUCAGCUCUUCCACAGACACCAGCUCCUCUAUAGGAUCAAGUACCUAUUCAACUACGGACACAACCACUUCUUCAAGCUUUUCCACAUCAUCCUUGAAUUCAACCACUUCUCUAACUACCACAACUGAGGACUCUUCUUACUCAAGCUCUUCCAUAGGCUCACAAACCUCUUCAAAUUACACCAGCUCUUUCUCAGGCUACUCCUCAUCCAGUCCCUCUUCUGAACCCACUUUUUCUACUUAUCCAAGUUCCUCAUCGGAUUCAACCACGUCCUCCUCCGAAGCCACCACUUCAACUUAUUCCUCUUUGGAUUCAACUGCUUCAUCUAGCUCCAGCACCAGUGAGGAAACAACCACCUCUUCAAUCUACUCCAGCUCUUCAGAAUCCUCCCAAAGCAGCUCUCCUUAUGCAGGCUCCUCUUUAUCUAUCUCUUCCACAACUGCAAACACUUCUUUCGGAUCAAGUGCUCUGUCGACUCUCCCUGUAUACCCUACGGACUCUUCCAGUUCUGUGAAUUCAGCUACUCCAACUAGCUCCAGCACCAGUAAGGAAACAACCACGUCUUCAAUCUACUCCAGCUCUUCAAAAUCCUCCCAAAGCAGCUCUACUUAUGCAGCCUCCUCUUUAUCUAGCUCUUCCACCGAGCCCGCCAUAUCCUCAACAAUUGCAAACACUUCUUUCGGAUCAAGUGCUCUGUCGACUCUCACUGUAUACCCUACGGACUCUUCCACUUCGUUCACCUUUAUAACAACACCCCUAGAUUCGACCACUUAUUCAGCUUAUUUCAGUUCAAGUACUCCCUUUUCAACCACUUCUGCGGUAUACCCCAGUUCUUCCACAGAUUCGUCCGGUGGCAUGGCAGAUGAUAACGUUUAUGUAGUCGUGGUUAUAAUAAUUGUUGGAUUAAUAUUGGCCGCGAUCUUAGCUACCUGCUGCUUUUUCUUCUUUUUCGUUUUCAAGCGGAAACACCCUGUUCAGGAUCUCGAAGAACAGAUACCCGGAGAGGUUUCUGAUACAUAUACCGAAGAGAGUGGCUCGCUGUAUGAAAUAUCUAUACCAAGAGCUAAUCUCGUCCCUUUCACCCGCCAACUGACUCCGUGGGGCGUCCAGAAUCCUGCGACCAUCUCAGACGACGAGACCGAAGACCUAGACUUACCUGAGGACCGUGGACGCAAUCCUUACGCCCUUGGCCAGACGAAUCUUAACGAGUUUAGUCUGGAAAGAUUCCUGAGGGAUAUUGAGGAUACCCAACCUCCUACUCUUUCAGAAUCCUUCAGUCUCCCCAGACUGUAGAGAUAGUUUUUGAUACCGCGCCGGUGUCCAACUCAGUUAUAUUUCUGUGUGUAUUCAUGUAAAUAAUACGACGGAGGGUAGAGCAAGAAAGCACACGAAUAUUACAAAGAUUUUUUUUUUCAUUUUUUCCCUACAAUUUGUUGAUUCAGAAUUUGUGUGUGUGUGUGUUUGUAUGUAUGUAUAGUUGAAUCAAAAUUAAAUUAACGAAUUUCCUAUCAGCAGAAAUGUAAUUCAUGAUAGAUGAUUUUCAUUCCUAUAGAUAUACUUGUGUUGAAAACUCACAAUCAUUGAAUGUACAUACUUUAGGCUUAUGGAAUCUGCCAGA